UUACAGCUCAACCGUCCACAAAUGAGUUCUGAGCCCAUAGCCAUGAGACCACAGGCUACUGUACUGUUUAUCUUUUCUGAAAGCCAAGCAAUGUAACUGGAAAAAAAAAAGCUAAGAUAUAAGUCACUUUGCAGUGUAAUCUAGUGAUCGCUGGCAUAUAGACAUAUUUUAUUUGUAUAGCUGAGCUAGUAAUGUUGAAGGCUAAUUUGGGAUCAUUUCUUCUCCCCAAAAGUCCAAAUCAUAACAGUUAUUAAAGCACAUGAUUUCAUUUCAUGUAUCAGUUGAUUAUAGUGUAUAUUUGUAUUAUGUAUGCUAAUGCAAAAAUGAACUGAUCCCAAAUUGCACCUUAUUUUCUAGCUCAGCACACACACCAGUGUUUUCAUGGUUUUUUUUUGUUUUGUUUUUUCUCACACAUUUUUGUGGGCCGUAUAAAAGCUAUACCCCAUACCUUAGCAGUGCAGGAUGCUGUUUUCAACACAUUUCCAUAGCUAAACACUAUAAAUGAUCCAGCUUAAAGCCCUAAAUAUAGCUAAAGUUAACUUCUUGUAUAGAUUGUUUAGCUAAGAGUAACUUUUAAGAAUACUUAAACCACAUUAGCUAUGUAGGAACUAUUAGGUUAGUCCAGUUAAGGCUGAGAACAGUAGCAUUUGGCCUCAGUUUUGUUUAGUUUUUUUUCAUUUUAUAUUGUCAUCAUGUAUUUGUUGAAGUCGUGUAAAGUUAUUUAUGUGUAUUGUUGUCUGUUUUUUGUUGUCCGAAACGUCUUAGCGAUCCUUAAACCUGAUCUGUAUUGUGGUAUUGCCUUGCUUAACUCGAUGAGUCCUCAAUAAAUUUUUUACAAGCCCAAUACAGUUAACAAUGGAUGUGGUUUAAGAUCAGUCCAACUCACAGCACCUGCUAAAGGGGGAGCCUUAAGCCUCCGAACUACGCUGAUGCGCAGGCAAGAUGGCUGCCGUGUGUAUCUUGUGAUCGUUUGGAGUGUCACUUGUCAAAUUAUUUAGCCUGUUACUGGCACAUUAUUUUGAUAUAGGGAUGUCACGAUACCAAAUUCUAUAACAUAGGGCCCGUCUUUCAUGUGCUUCGCCAAGGUGUUUCCUCGGUUUGUUUGAAAUGAACGAUAGCAUCGGUUGCACACCGGCUUCAGAGCAUCAAUUAUACGUUUGCUGUCAUCCGCCUCGAAUGCGAUGUAUUUCCAUGUCGACCCUUACCAUCUUUCCUCUCAACGCGUCGGGGCGGAGCUAAACUUGUCGCCAUCUACUGUAGUUUUUCCCCGUGUGCUUGUAGGCGUUUUCCUUCUUAUCUUCUUCACCACUUGUGGACCGACUUAAACACUUGCACGUAUUUGCUGCCCCCUUCAGUUCCGGAAGAAUCACAACCUCAGUAGCUUCAUUACGAACGGUACCUACGCUACUGCAGAAAAACAAGUACCAUCACAUUUUAAGAAUGUUGGUACCGACUCGGUACCGAAGUAUCGGUUCUCAUGACAUCCCUAUUUUACUAACAAUCCCAGCAAUACUUUAAUUGUUGCUUUAUUACCCAGUUGUCAGUUGAGAUAUUUCUAAAAAUGGAUUAAUAUAAUUAUUUUGUUGGUGUAAAAAUGUUAGAAGAUUAAAAAAAAGAGGUGUGUUUUGGUGUGUGUGUGUGUGUGUGUAGAUAGACAGAUAUGGAUAUAUGAUAUGACAUUAAAAAAAAAAAAACUAUCAGUGGGGAAGACCUCAUCUCUCCAUUUGUAUGUGUGUGUACACGGAUGUAUACUAAUGACUUUAUUGGAGUGUCACGCUGGCUGCUCCUGGUACCAGCCACGGACAUCUCCCUUUGUUUGUCCUUAGAGUUAAUGGGUAACUAACUUUACACAUUCAUCUCCUGGCACACACACUCGAACUGUGCAUACUCCCACACAGAGCAUCAUCUUAAAGAUGUGUCCGGAAUUGGGAACGAACCAUUCAUAUCGACUGUAGGGCUUGGUUUCGUACGAGCUGUGUUGUUAUUUUUUUCUGAAGAGCCACUCGAUCAAUGGAACGAUGAUCGCUGGAAUUUUAACAACACCAGAGAGGAUCGUUCACUGCUAGACAUUAGGACUGCUACUCGAUCCACUCCUUGCAACAAAAGAUUUGGAUUUCUACUUUAAAAUGCCGCGUUUCGAGUAGGACAUGUCGCAUGGCUCGUAGUGUGAUCGGUUAUCUUUAGCUUACAAGCAGAGAGUAGACUUUUAAACUGCUGUGAAGAAAGCGAGACCACAUGUCUGGGGAUGUUUGUAGGAAUUCGGAGCUGAUGAAUGCGGUCGAACGUGUUUCAUUCUUUCAGAACCAGCAGUAUCAGUAUCGCUGCUUUUGAAGGCGGUGUGUGAACUGAAAGGUACCACAACUUGAAGUUGCAGAAGAUUGCCCCUUGUAACUCGAGAAAGAGAGGACAAGAGACAUAGAGAAAAGAGACCAGACUUGAAAGACGAACUAUAAACGGUUUCUGCCAAGUCAAGGAGGAGAUGAAUGAGACUUGACGCUUCAGGGCGCUCACACUCACCCAGCGAGAAGGAAAACAAAGAAGCAUAAUAACAGAUCUGUCUGCUGGGGUUACUGUAGGCCAUUGGCCAGCGUGUAUGUUUGUGUGUGACAAACACUGGAAUCAUGUGGCACUAGUCAGCACAGACUAGUACUCCCAGAUGAGGAUCCUUCAGAGAAGACUGUAAGAUCAGGUAGAUCUCAGCUCUUCUCUGUACACUCCAUACUGCAUUUGGGACUUGGAUCGAUCAGAAGACUUGCUAGCAUUUUGAACCCGGGUUACGUGUUCAGUGCAUCCUGAAAGGCAUCCUGACCUGGCCUUGUGCCACUGGUACUUGUAGGUGACGGAGUUUAUGAUGGGGGGCUUUCAGAGGGACUGGGAAACCUUGCUGGAGCUGGAGGAAACGCUUACAGUGUGGCUGCUGCAGGGCUCAGCUUUGGCGAAUGGCUUGUCGUGGAGCUCUACGGAAACCCAGUCAUCGGACGAAGAAGACGAAGACGAGGACAUCCCGGCUGUUCUCAGCCCCACCUACAAGCAGCGAAAUGAAGACUUCAGGAAGCUCUUCAAGCAGCUCCCGGAUACAGAGCGCCUCAUUGUGGACUACUCCUGUGCUCUGCAGAGGGACAUCCUCCUGCAGGGCAGACUCUACCUCUCCGAGAACUGGAUCUGUUUCUAUAGCAACAUCUUCCGCUGGGAGACACUACUGACGGUGCGUCUGAAGGAUAUUUGUUCCAUGACGAAAGAAAAGACAGCACGUCUCAUUCCCAACGCCAUCCAAGUGUGCACAGACACUGAGAAGCACUUUUUCACAUCGUUCGGGGCGAGGGACAGGACGUACAUGAUGAUGUUCCGUCUCUGGCAGAACGCUCUGCUGGAUAAGCCCCUGUGUCCUAAGGAACUGUGGCACUUUGUCCAUCAGUGCUAUGGUAACGAGCUCGGGCUGACCAGUGACGAUGAGGACUAUGUCCCCCCCGACGAUGACUUUAACACUAUGGGUUACUCUGAAGAGAUCCCUGCCGAAGAGAACGAGGUCAGUAACGAUAACUCAUCUAAGAGCAGCGGAGAGAAUAAGCAGGACAGCAGCCCUCAGUCACACAAGAGAUCAAUCACACAAUCCACCAUCACGUCCACGCCCAGCAGCACAGACCUGCCUCUGUCUUUUGCCAUCGCUCCUGAGGAGUACACGGACUGUCUGCCGGACCCGGAGCUCUUGACGUUGCCUCUGCUGGCUGACGAGAGGAGUUGCGAGUCUGCAGAGGGACAGCUGGGUCCAGUGUCCUCGCCCUCUCUCGACUUCAACGAUAACGAAGACAUCCCGACCGAGCUCAGCGACUCGUCCGACACACACGAUGACGAAGUGGAGGUACAGGCAUUCCACGAUGACCUAAACGGGCGUCAGUACAUUAACGAGGUGUAUAAGUUCAGCGUGGAUAAGAUGUACUCGUUCCUCUUCACCGAGUCGCAGUUCAUGGCCGACUUCAUGGAGCAGCGCAGAUUCACAGAUGUAGUGUUUCAGCCCUGGAGGAAAGAGGAAGCAGGGAACCACAGGAGGGAGAUUAUGUACACCAUCUCACUCUCCAACCCACUGGCUCCCAAAACAGCCAACGUCAGUGAGACUCAGACUCUGUACAAAGCCAGCCAGGAGAAUGAGUGUUACAUCAUCGACGCUGAAGUUGUCACUCAUGAUGUUCCUUAUCACGACUAUUUCUACACACUCAACCGCUACACACUCACCCGCGUGGCCAAGAACAAGUGUCGGCUCAGGGUUUCUACAGAGCUGCGGUACAGGAAGCAGCCAUGGGGAUUGGUGAAAGGUUUCAUCGAGAAGAACUUCUGGAGUGGACUGGAGGAGAACUUCAGGAGUCUCGAACUUGAGCUGACGAAAGCCGAGGACCUCCUGUUAGAAGCACACGGGCCAUCUCCGAAAACCAAAGCCCUGAAAAACUCCACCCUGAGGCGGAGAAAAAGGCCCCUCCCACACCUGCGCACACCUCACCUGGAGGAAACGCUUAGCCCUGUGACCACACCCACUGAUGAAGAGGUCAUCCAUAGAAUCAAGCAUGUAUCAGGCUCCACACAAACGAGACACAUUCCUGAACACACCCCUGGGGGCGGAGCCUUCUGUAAACUCUCCAAAUUGCUGCUCAUUAUCAGUUUCGUCCUGGUGCUGCUGGUUUUCCUGAACAUGAUGCUCUUCUAUAAGCUGUGGAUGCUGGAGUACUCCGCUCAGAGCCUAAUGACCUGGCAGGGCCUACGUCUGGACGAAAGUAAAUUACCACAGACACAGGUGGAGUGGGCUCAGCUUCUAGAGUCUCAGCAGCGCUUCCAUGAAGCCGAACUACAGAAGUGGAGAGAGAUCAUCAAAUCAUCAGUUCUGCUGCUAGACCAGAUGAAGGACUCUUUACUGAGUCUGCAGCGAGGUGUAACUUUUAGAGACUAUGGCUCAGACUCAGACGAGAAACGGACUCAUUACCACUGACACGUCCCCUGUAGAGCCAGCAGGUGUCGCCGGGCAGCGGAGAGCCACAUCCGUGUGUGUGAGUGUGUGUACCAGAGCGAAACGGGCAGAACUCGUCUGCGCACUGCUGUUACACGAAGGAGGGAGAGCGAGCACAGAGAAAGAGAGGAGGAACGUUCACGGAGAGUCCAAACCUAGGAUAUCACACCUCCGUCUGCUGUGUGGAAUCAUGGGAACGUGACGUUCUGCGGUCUCCCCUCUUUUUCUCUGCCUUUCAUUUACUGAGGAUAUGACGCUAAUAGCGGUCGCUAUAGAGAGACAAAAGCCGUGGACUGAAGUGAAACGGAGGCAA